AUGGAAAAUCACUUCACAACAAAGAGAAACACAUUCCUCACACUGACAGCUACAGACAACCGAACAUUUGUGUGCACCGUCUGUGAAACCAAAAGAGUAUUAGAGUCUUUGCAAGACCUCAGAAGACAUUAUACAAAAAAACAUCCAAACGAAAUGGGGGAGUAUGAGAAACUUCUAAAAAGAAGACCUGCUAUGUUUGAUGGCUUUUCUUCUUCUGCAAGCACUGCCACUGCCACUACCACUGCCACUGCCAACAUGAACAGUAGUAAUGGACCUGCCCCAAUGGAAUUUAUUAUUGAAAACCCUCAGGACACAUACGGCCAUGAAAUUUCUGACAAAGACGAAUAUAGUGAUGAUCACAUUCUAUUUGAUUCAUCAGAUGACUAUGAUGAGACUACUGACGAUGAAGACACAGACACCAGAGUAGAAUAUGAUAGCCAGGAUCAUAUUGCUAGAAUGGCAGCAGAAAUGAGAAUCUUCCAAUCUCUUUCUCAUGCCAUGAAUGCCUACUCAAACGAAGACAGCAGCAGACAGAUAUCAUACUGGCCCGAUGACUUUGCUGACAUUUUUACUGGACCCACCUGUCCAUUUAAAUCGAAAGUAGAGUUUAUCUUACAUGCUCUCUUCUAUGGCAAUGAAGAUCUUGCCUCAGAAAGAUCUAUCAAGAAGAUCAUGUUUGCCAUGAAGAUGGUCUUGGAUGUCUGUGAAGAAGCUGGAGUAACACUGGAUUUUUUGAUACCAAAUGCUGUGAUUAACUAUCACAAGCAGAAAAAGAACCAGAUCCCUGUUUUUUCUACUGCCAGUUUAGAUGUUGUGAACCAAGACAAUGAACAACAUGUACUUUGGAUGAACAAACCAUCUGAUUAUAUCAAGUUUACCAUGACAUGCCCUGAAAAAUCAUCUCAAAUCUUGGCCCUUCCUGACUUCAUGGAAAACCAGCGGUUGAAUCUCAACCAAGGCAAAAAGUGGAAGGAGAACCCAUUGCUUCAGCACCCAAUGAUCACUUCAAACGGAAUGGACUACUGGGUGGGUGAUGUUGUUGAAGUCCAAGGCUCCCCAAACCGGUAUCUCCUUGAGAAGUUCUUCACCAAGGAUGGAUCCAUACUUGCCAAUGCAUUCCAGGUUUAUGGUGGCCACGAUCCUCGGCUGAACCAUCCUGAUGAUACUCACUUCCUGCAGUUUGGAAACUCUAUGAACUUUGCUGUCUCUAUCCUGAAGUAUACCAUUGAAGUUGAUAGGAUUAUGUCUACUGUUCAAAAAGACAGCGAUCUUUUCCUUGGACAUGGUUUCUCUGUUUCUUAUUGCCCUGCCAAAAUUGUCACCUAUGCUCUUACUGGUGUUCAAUCUGACUUGUGGCUCAAUAAAUCCCGUGUUGAAGAAUUCAAGAGAAGACUUCCAGGCUCUGGUUUGAUGAAAGUGGUUGUCUGCCCACUUAAUCUCUAUUCCAACAAUACCUCUGGUAAUUCAACAAAGCAGUACAACAAGUAUGACAGUCACUUAAUGUACUUUGCUGCGUUGCCACUUGAGACAAGAAACAAACAAGAAAAUGCUCUUUUCAUUUGUACCUCGAAUCAUACACUGAAUGCCGUUGAGAUGUUGCCCCCUAUCGUUGAUGACCUCAUUAGGCUGGAGAAAGGUAUUGAGAUGUAUUCUGAGGAUCAUAGUGAAGGUUCCAUCCCUGAUGCUCCGCCGUAUUCUCCAGUUGACCACCGUGGGUCAGAAGAAAGAAUGAGGGAUUUCUUGUGCGCCUUUGCCAAUGCUGAUUCCCAGUCAGAGCUAUAUCUCAAUGGGUGCGAAUUGAGUUAUAUCAAGAAUGGAAGUGAGGAAUUUCUUAGACUCGAAGCCUUUGACCCUACCAAAGACAUGCCUGUCAAAAUUCUCCACAUUAUUCCUCUUGGCCUGAUGAAAUACUUGAUGACUUUUCUCUGGAAACAGAAGAUGCUGACUACAAGUGAAAAGGGGAGACUCCAGGAAGCUCUAAACUCUUAUAAGUCUUGUAAGAGUUACAGCCGAACAUUCAGAAACAAGCUUUGCCACACUGGUUCGUUCAUUGGACGCGAUUUCAAGGAAUUGAUUCAAGUCCUGCCUAGAAUUAUGAGCAAGCUCUUUAGUGACAAACCAUUGGCAAGUUUGUUCUCCAAAAAGGAUUUUCUAAGUAAGACUUCACGUUCAAGCCAAAGGUCCACCCUCUGCAUCAUAUCACUGACAACAUUGUUUGUUUUGGUUCCAUGCUGCAAUACAAAACUGAAAACAGUGAACAGUUCAAUAAGUUUAUCUGCGAACAUUUAUUCAAGACCAACUGCCAUUCCAUCUCUUGAGACGUUGCUACAAGAUUUGGCAAGCAAUUCAUCUGUUGGCAUCUUUGUAAUGGAGGAUUCUGGUAAUGGAACAAGAUCUGUGAGAAGUUCAAUUGGUGAUUUUGUCAAGCUGGCCCCUGUCAAUUUCCCAGGCUUUAAUCUCCAUUUCUUUGGUUCUUGUGUCAACAGUGAUAAUUCCGGGUUGUCGACUCCCUCUUUGUGCGAUACACUUUCAGAUAAAGAUCUUUCAAGCAAGAGACUCUGCAGACAGAAUGAGGAAGGCGUUCUUUAUGCAAAAGUACCAAAUUGUUCUGAACAGCAAUCCAUGGUAAUGGACAAUUACAACAACAUUGUGGUUCUGCCCCUUGGAGGCCUGGUUGAAGUCAACAAAGAUGACAUCAAUAUCGUUCAGGCUGUUGAUAUUCACUUGUCUAUCAAGUCUUCCAAUAACCAAAAGUUGCUCAACGUUGCAAAAUUCGGCAUGUUCUGA